AACCAGCGGCGCAAGAGCCGGGGCCAGUCGGAGCAGGGCGCGCGCAGCAUGGCGGAAGCGGAAGGGAGUUCUCCUUUCUUGUUGCCGCCGCCGCCGCCGCCACCCCCGCCCGGGAUGGCGGAAGUGGAGGCGCCGACGGCGGCCGAGAAGGACAUGAAGCAGUACCACGGCUCUGGCGGCGUCGCCAUGGACGUGGAACGGAGCCGUUUCCCGUACUGCGUUGUGUGGACGCCCAUCCCGGUGCUCACGUGGUUUUUCCCCAUCAUCGGGCACAUGGGCAUCUGCACAUCCACAGGAGUCAUUCGGGACUUCGCAGGCCCCUACUUUGUCUCGGAGGACAACAUGGCCUUUGGAAAGCCUGCCAAGUACUGGAAGUUGGACCCUGCUCAGGUCUAUGCUAGCGGGCCCAACGCAUGGGACACGGCUGUGCACGACGCCUCCGAGGAGUACAAGCACCGCAUGCACAAUCUCUGCUGUGACAACUGCCACUCGCACGUGGCAUUGGCCCUGAAUCUGAUGCGCUACAACAAUAGCACCAACUGGAACAUGGUGACACUCUGCUUCUUCUGCCUGCUCUAUGGGAAGUACGUCAGCGUCGGGGCUUUCGUGAAGACCUGGCUGCCCUUCAUCCUUCUCCUGGGCAUCAUCCUCACUGUCAGUCUGGUCUUUAACCUCCGGUGAUGGCUGUCCAUUGGCCCUGCACCCACCAAGGUCCUGAGGAAACAGCUGCCAUUCCCUUUUGGUUCCAGAUUUUUUUCUCCUCACCCCAGAAGGCAGGGUUGGGCCUGCUGUUGUGUACCGGGCGUUGGGGCUGGCAGGAUGCAAGGGUUGAGGACCAGCAUGAGGCGAAGUUUGCACCUCUCAGAAGCACCCUGUCCCUUCCUCCCCAGGCCUGUGACUCUGGCCCUGGAGGCCCUCUUUGUUCCUCUGUUGAAAGGCUUUGGCUUUCCUCUGUAGAGCUGCUCCCGUCACUCCCUGCUGGGCUCCUGCCUCAGCCUGGCACCCAGUACAGGGAGGGGAGGGCAUUUAGGCUCACCUAACAAGGUGCCCUGGGACCAGAGCUGGAUUGGGAGUCUGUCCUGCAUUAGCUCUGGUCCCAGCAUAGGGUGAGGUACACUUAGGAGUCUCUAUAAGUGAAGCUGCCCUGGAGCCUUCCCCACUGGCCUCUAGAAUGGUCCAGGGGGGCUGGCUGGGCCCCUGUGUCAGACUUCUGCUGGCAGCUACCCAGGGGACAUGUGUGUCCAUUUGACAUCCUCCAGCCCAUACAGCUCCCUCUUCACUCUCCCAGGGCCUCCCAGUAUUGGGCCCAUCUCCCUUUGCAGUUUGGAGCUGGAGAGGUGAGUAGAGGUGACAAGCGCCAGAGUGACCCUGUAGAGAGAGCAGUGUAGACAGCUCAGCCCCAGCCCCAGGUAUGGGCCUCACACUGGUGAUGGCUCCCCUGGGUCCAAGAUAUGCUGAUGAUGGCCCCCCCCCCCGGGUGGCCUGCCAGCACAACCAGUGCCAUCAGGGAGCUGGAGGGGCUGUCCCCCACCUGACUCCAGCUCCUCCUUUUUUCUCAUUGUCACCAAGGCCCUGUGCCACCUGCCUCGCACCCCUGCUCCUUGGAUUCCUUUGGGAAGGGCUCCCUGGGCAGGACAAUAAAGAGUUUUGGCUCCAG